AAAUGCAAAUAUGCCACUGUUUUGUGACCAAUAUUGCAAAAAUUAGAAAGAGGAAGUUGGGUUUUUGUUCUUGCAUGAGUUCAGCCCCGGAGGAGACGCAGACCGGUCUUGGAAGAAGGCACCUUCUAAACAACUCCACUUCCAGUGAUCUGGACAAGACAUUUUAACAGACUGUUCUAGCCUCUGUUGGGCAACUCCCAACCAAAGCCCCAGAGGAAGCCGGUGCCUGUUCAUUAAUCCCUGACGGCCUCAUUGGGCAACAGCGUUGGGCAACAGGAAGCCGUUGGCCAGCCUCCUAGCAGAGCCCAGGGGGUUUGACUGUGAAGAUGGAAUUGGGUAGGAGCUCCCCGACACCCCAAGAAGAAGCCAUUUCCCCUCUUGGGGUACCUGAUGCUGGACCCAGAAGCUCCCCACUAGGGAAGCUUCAAGCACUUCCCUUCGGGUCAGGAGCUCCCCAAGGGGCUCAAGGCAGCUCAGCCUCAGCAGGGGACAGCUCCUUGGGGGAGCCAAGUGGAGCUGUGAAGAUCCCCAACAGAGACAGUGGAAUUGAAAGCCCAUCCUCCAGUGUGGCCAGUGAGAACUUCCCCUGUGAGGAGGGCAGUGAGGGGUCUCCAAGCCCUGCCAUCCUAGGGCUACACCCUGAGGUAGCUGUGGACAGCCGGGCCCCACAGGACAACCCCCAGGAGGGAGAAGACAGUGGUGUGGGCGAGGACCCUGACCCCAAGAUCACCCCGUGUAGGCCUGAGGAGGAUGUCAGCUCGACUCAGGGCUCUGACCCACAGAAGCUGCUUCACAUUGCCCAGGAGCUCCUGCACACGGAGGAAGCCUACGUGAAGCGGCUGCACCUGCUGGACCAGGUUUUCUGUGCCAAGCUGACAGAAGCAGGGAUCCCUCCGGAAGUCACCACGGGCAUCUUCUCUAACAUCUCUUCUAUCUACCGCUUCCAUGGGCAGUUCCUCCUGCCUGGACUGAAGAAGAGGAUCACGGAGGAGUGGGAUACAAAGCCUCGUCUCGGAGACAUCCUGCAGAAACUGGCUCCGUUCCUGAAGAUGUAUGGCGAGUACGUCAAGAACUUUGACAGAGCAAUGGGGCUAGUGAGCACGUGGACCCAGCGUUCUCCGCAGUUUAAGGACGUCAUCCACACCAUCCAGAAGCAGGAGGUGUGCGGGAACUUGACCCUGCAGCAUCACAUGCUGGAGCCUGUGCAGAGGGUCCCCCGCUAUGAGCUGCUGCUCAAGGACUACUUAAAGCGGCUCCCCAGGGAUGCCCCGGACCGGAAGGAUGCUGAGAGGUCUUUGGAACUCAUCUCUACAGCUGCUGACCACUCCAAUGCUGCCAUUAGGAAGAUGGAGAAAAUGCACAAGCUCUUAGAGGUGUAUGAGCAGCUGGGUGGGGAGGAGGACAUCGUUAACCCAGCCAAUGAGCUGAUCAAGGAGGGCAACAUCCAGAAGUUAUCAGCCAAGAAUGGCACCACUCAGGACCGACACCUCUUCUUGUUCAACAAUGUGAUGCUCUACUGCGUACCCAAGCUAAGGCUCAUGGGCCAGAAGUUCAGUGUACGGGAGAAAAUGGACAUCUCUGAUCUCCAGGUGCAAGAUGUCGCGAAACCAAAUGCUGCCCGCACAUUCAUCAUAACAGGACGAAAAAGGUCCCUGGAGCUUCAGACUCGGACCGAAGAAGAGAAGAAAGAAUGGAUUCAGGUCAUCCAGGCCACUGUGGAGAAGCACAAACAGAAGAGUGAGACCUUCAGGGCCUUCAGCGGUGCCUGUACCCAGGAAGAGGAGCCCAGCCUGUCUCCAGACCAGCCUGUCCUGAGUGCCGGCCCUGUGGAACCUGCAGGGGUAGCCGACAGCAGUGGGAGUACUCCCGGGAUCGAGUCCAGAAAGCUGUCCUCUAAAACAAGACGCGACAAAGAGAAGCCGGGAUGUAAGAGCUGUGGUGAGACCUUCAACUCCAUCACCAAGAGAAGGUAUCGCUGCAAGCUGUGUGGAGAGGUCAUCUGUAGGAAGUGCUCUGAGUUCAAGGCGGAGAACAGUAAGCAGAGCCGUGUCUGCAGAGAGUGUUUCCUGGAGGAGCCCCUGCUCCCUACAAGUCCUAGCUCUGAGACUCCCACCGAGCUCAAACAGAAUGCAGAGAAGCCUCCCUCUGUGGAUCCUCGGCCCAGCCUGCUCUGCGGAACCCUGAAUCUGUCAGACAAUGGUACGGCCUGGAGUGAGGUGUGGGCAGCCAUCCCUGAGUCAGAUCCCCAGGUGCUAGACCUGCUGGCAGGCAGCCAGGCUGGCAAACUGCUGUAUAGCAUCCCACUGUCUGGCUGUAAUAUAACAGUGCCUGACCCCGAGGAGGGGCUGGAGGCUGGGUACGUGUGGAAGCUGCAUCAGGGCUCACAGACCUGGUGGCUGAGUGCCCCCUCCACAAAGCUUCAGCAGCGCUGGCUGGAAGCUCUGAGCACUGCCUCACGCUGGGACACAGCCGGGGGACACCCAGGGGCCUCACAGCCCCAGACCCCAGCAAGCACAGACACCCCAUGAGCAGAGUCUCCUACUGUCCUUCCCACUACCGUAUUUGGCCUGUGUUCUUUUAUGGGUGACCUUAGACGUCCAGUGAAGGAAUGAAGAAGGACUCCUGUGACCGCUGAGGAUGGACCAAGUGGCCCAGAGAAGAGUAGCAAUGGGCCCAAGAUUACUCAACAAGUCUUAGACAAGAGUCGGGCUUCUGGCUCCAGCGCCAGCACUGUGGUGAGAGCGUGGAGAGCCGCCACUACAAAGCCAAUGUCGUCCAAGCAGGCUGAGUGAUGACGCCAGCCCUCAAAGGCACAAGGAGGCCAGGUGGGCACUGUCCAGGGGUGAUCAUGUCCAUCCUGGUAUGACAUCACUCUGGGAAAGGUAGAGCUGUCUGUGGCCUGACCUGGUCUUUGUCUGUCUGUACACUGUGUGACCUGGACCAUGACCUGCUCCUCUGGGCUUCACUUCUACCCUGCCCUCUCCAGAAGCAUUACUUGUCUGCUAUUCCUGCUGAGCCAUUAAAGGGCAAGGAGCAAGGGCCUCCUUAUCCCACCAUUCCCAAACAGAGACACUCUGGGGAGCCGGCCCUCACCCGUGUGACAGGUUUGUGAGGUUUCAGACCGGCCCCUCUCUAGGCAGGUGCCAUGUUCAUCAGCACAUAAAUGCUGGCUGUCUGCAAUUGAGUGCAUCCUUGGCACCCUCCACCCCAUUCUUUACAGGGCUCCCCUCAAGGCAGGUGGCUGGUAGAGGAAUGCUGACCAAGGUGGCGAAAUGCACAAGCCACACAGAGUAGUUCUGCAUCCCCGAUGCUGUAGGUAGUGGGUGAAUCACUAAGCAGGGUAGGGGUGUUACGGGGGUGUCACAGAGGUCACGGGGCUGUUUGCCCCUCAGGGAGUAGGAAAUGUAGAGAUCAGGGAUGGAGCUCUGAUCCUUGAGGAUUCCAGCUCUCUAGCAUCAGCACGGCACUGUGUGGGGACAACUGGGCGGGCAUCAGGGGCCAUUACAUGGUGAAGAGGUGUAGAGCCAGAAAUGGGUGCUAGUUAUAGGUGACAUUGGGACACACCGACGAAGCAGGGGCCUCAUGUGAAAUGGGGGCCUGAGUUUUGAGUCCUGCUAAGGUAGGAUGGGGUAGAAGUAAAGUGUAUUGGAGCAGAGGUGAGGUGGAUGGGGCAGGGGUGAGGUGGACAGGAUACAAGUAAGGCGAAGGGGUGCAGGUGAGGUGGCAGA